AUCACCAGAAAAUCUACACAGUAAAGGAUCACACAAACCUGACAAUAAACGGUACAGAGUACAAGGAUGAAAGAAAAGAAGUCUGACGAAACACCAAAAAUACAAGCCACAGCCUUAUUCAAAUUAUUCCUCACAUGAAAAUCAAUUUAUUCAUCAGAAUGUCAUCCAGAGGUGGUGUUCCUCCCAACAUUAGUGACUCAGUACUCCAUGGCAUUCUGAGUUCCUCCUCACCCUCUUCUUCUCCCUCCACCGCCCCUCCUUCUCCAUCUUGCAGCAUAGAUGAGUCCUACAAGUACAUUUUCCUCCCCAUCUGUUACUCUUUCACGUUCAUAUUCAGCAUUUCCCUUAACUCUGUUGUCCUCUACCGUUCAUUCCGCCAGACCAAGCGCUGGAAUGCCUCUCUAAUCUACAUGGUCAACCUAGCCUCUACAGACUUCAUGUACGGCCUGUCACUGCCAUUCCUUGUGGCAAGUUACAUCAUGCGUGACCGUUGGAUCUUUGGGGACUUCAUGUGCCGCCUUGUCCGUUUUCUCUUCUAUUUUAACCUCUACUGCUCCAUCUUCUUCCUCACUUGCAUCUCUGUCCACAGGUACCUUGGUAUCUGCCACCCAAUGAAGGUGAUCACACUGGAGACUAAGAAGGCUGUCAAGUACACUUGUGUUCUGGUCUGGAUUGUAGUUUUUGCUUUGACCUGCCCUAUCUUCCGGUUUGCUCAGACUGGUCAUGUGACAAGAUUGGGGGGGUCUGGCACCAAUGCAGGCAUUACUGAGGAGCAAAACCAUGAGAUAUUAUCUAUUAAUGGUAAUGCAAGCCAUGACAACUUGGGAAGUGUCACUGAAGAAUACCAGAACUGUUGGGAUGAUGCCAUAGAUAAGGAGUUCCCUGAUUACAUACCCUAUGGCAUCAUACUCCACUUGCUGGGCUUUUUUCUGCCUUUUUCCAUAAUUGCUUGGUGUUACUCUCAUGUUGUUCUAACCAUAUUCAGAACUCUGCAUUCACGACCCUCAUCCCACAGAGGCCAGAGAGAGGGAGGACAUGAGAGAGUGGAGAGAAGAGGGAGAACGAACUUGGCAAUAGUUGGAAGUGCCCACUCCCCAUAUGCCAAUCGCAGACGAAAAUCUAUCAAGACCAUUAUAACCAUCACUCUCCUCUUUGCUCUUUGUUUCCUCCCCUUUCACGUCACCAAAACAAUUUUCCUCCUGUUGAAAGUGACAAAGAAAGUGCCCUGUCACACCAUGACCAUGGUCUCCAUGUGCUAUAAGAUUACAAGGCCUUUGGCUUCAUUCAAUGCAUGGCUUAACGCCCUCCUUUACUUCCUAACUAAAGACAAUGGGGGAGCUCACUGCUGCCAGACAGUAAACAGCAAUGCCCAGCAACAUGGCGGGCUUCUGUUACCACUGAAGAUGAUGAGAAAAGGAGAGAAUGCAGAGGAUAGAGAGAUGGAAGACGUAAUGGACAAUAAAGAGAAUAAAGCAUUCAACAGUCCGUCAUACGUAAACAGGGCAAAAGUCACAUAUAUAGUUGAAUGA